UAGCUGGAAUUAUAUGUAUAUUUUUAAAUUUUUAAUAUAUAGGAAGAAAUUAUAGGAUGUUAUCAAUGUUGUUUUGGGGGGAUGUGUUUGACUAUUUUAUUUUGAUUAAGUCUUCUGAAAUUGGUUGUUUGGCUGAGAUCAUAUGCAAAACAAUCUACGAAUGAGAUUAUGGAAUAUGCUAGCCUUUAGUCAAUACCAACCAUAAUUAAUCCCAACCUAAAUAGCAAUCCUUUAGUCACUUCCCUCACUCUCUCCUAUUCCAACAUCACCCUUCAUCUGUGACAUCACCAACCUCAACACACCUUGACUUCACCUUCAACUUCACCCCUGGUGACUUCUCCACACCCCUCUACAACUUCUCCUAGUUGGAGUACCUAGACCUCUCCAGGAAUAAUAUUAAUGGCAAGGUUCCCCAUGACAUUGAUCAUUUUGGUGUUAAUUUGCAAUAUCUCAACCUCACUUCCGCCAACUUUGCUGGUGAUGUUCCACCUAGUAUUGGAAAGUUAAAGCAACUGAGGCAGCUUCAACUUCAGUAUUGCUUAUUGAAUAGCACUGUUGCUGCUGAGAUUGAUAAAUUGUCCAACCUUGAGUACUUGGACUUGUCCUCUAACUUGUUUCCUAAUUCCUAAAUGGAAGUUGCCACAGAACUUGACCAAGUUCAGCAAAUUGAAGGUGUUUUAUCUGUAUAGCACCAACUUGGUUGGGGAACUUGACCAAGUUCACCACAAUAGGAGAUAUGGUAGCUUUAGGGAAGCUGGAUAUGUCAAGAAAGAGCCUCAGCUUCUUGGUUUCUUCACUCAGUUCCAAUCCUGCUAUUGUUCAUGGAACCUGCAAAUGAGCAGUCAGUCAGAGAAAUACGAGGCUCGGACUCUUCUUCAAAGACAGCAAAGGAUCUGGACAUUGAAGGAUACGCAGUUGGAGGUUUGUCCAUUGGAGGCCAUGAAACAUGUGUAAUUUUCCCCACACUUAAAGUAGCCUUUGAUAUUGGUCGCUGCCCACCUCGAGCUGUUUCCCAGAACUUUCUUUUAAUCUCCCAUGCUCACAUGGAUCACAUUGGAGGGCUACCAAUGUAUGUUGCCACACGUGGUUUGUAUCGUAUGAAGCCUCCAACAAUUAUUGUACCAAUUUCAGUUAAAGAGGAUGUAGAGAAACUUUUUGAGAUUCACAGAAAAAUGGAUCAAUCUGAACUUAAGCACAACUUGAUUGGCUUGGAUGUAGGAGAAGAGUUUUAUUUGAGAAAGGAUCUUAAAGUAAAAGCUUUCCGGACUUACCAUGUAAUACCUAGCCAGGGUUAUAUACUAUAUUCUAUAAAACAGAAACUUAAACCAGAGUAUUUUGGCCUCACUGGAAAUGAAAUAAAGAAUUUGAAGUCAUCUGGUGUGGAGAUAACAUACACUUUGACAGAACCAGAGAUUGCUUUCACGGGAGAUACCAUGUCAGAUUUCAUAAUUGAUGAAAAUAACACUGAUGUCCUGCGGGCUAGGAUUCUUGUUUUGGAGUGCACCUUUCUUAACAAUUCAAUCACUGUGGAACAUGCCAGAGAUUAUGGACACACUCAUCUGUCUGAGAUAAUAAAUUAUGCUGAGAGGUUGCAGAACAGGGCAAUCCUUUUGAUUCACUUUUCGGCACGUUACACAGUAGAGGAAAUUCAACAAGCUGUAAGUGCAUUGCCCUCCAGUUUAUCUGGUCGAACUUUUGCACUUACCGAAGGUUUCUGACAAAUUGGGAGUUUGGUUGAUACAUAAAUGACUAUGGAGUUGUUUUUGCUACGUCCAAAGUCCAAACCCACCUCAGACUAUUGGACACAGGUAGAAUGUACCAUCAUCGUUGAUGACAAAUGUGGGACAAGUGGAGUGCAAAGCGAAAUCCACUCAUGCAUGGCAUGUUUGGAUUACCCUUUGAAUCAUCUAAAACACACCGUUUACACAUACAUUCCGAGAGAGAAAAUGGAGAAGCAACACCAGUGUUUCAUUGUAUAUAAUUUAUGUUUACGUUAAAAUAUGUUUUCCAAACAUGCGUGUUGUCAUCGGCUACCUUGUUUUUAUCAGGCUGUUUUUGUAGUAAUGAUUCAUUUCAUUCACUUAAAGAUAAAAAGAAUAUGCUCCUCCAAUUAUGUUUA